AUGGAGUUCAGUAGUUUACUUCUCCUUUCUCCUCUAUUGAUCUGCAUUACCUCCAUCUUGCUUCAUGUAGCCAAUCGACCAAGCAACAAGCAGAAGAGGCUUCCUCCAGGCCCCAAAGGCCUCCCAAUUAUUGGGAACCUCCUCAAAAUUGGUAACAGACCCCACGAGUCCUUGACUGGCUUGGCCAAAAUUUACGGUCCACUCAUGACAGUGAGAAUUGGCUGCGUCACAACCGUAGUUGCAUCUUCAACUGAUAUGGCUAGAGAAAUUCUCCAAAAGAAUGAUCAGGCCUUCUUGGGCAGGUCAAUCCUAGAUGCAGUGACUGCAGAAACUGAUUACGAACGUUCCAUUGUUUGGCUUUCCGGAGGAACAAAGUGGCGAAAGCUUCGAAAACUUUGCAACAGCCAAGUUUUCACCACCCAAAGAUUGGACGCAUUGCAAAGAUUGCGGUAUCAGAUGAUGGAAGACAUGGUUCAACGUGUUUCCCAAGCGGGAGAAGCUGGAGAAACUCUUUAUAUUGGGAAUUUAGUGUUUGGUACAACGUUGAGCUCAUUUUCCAAAAUGAUGUUUUCGGGUGACGCGUUUGAUCCAAACUCAGAAGAAGCUAAAGAACUAAAAGAGUUGUUUAGGAGGAUAAUGGAACUUGCUGCAAAACCAAAUCUUGCAGAUUUUUUUCCUAUCCUGAAGCCAUUUGAUCCUCAAGGAAUUAGAAGAGAUAUUAAAUGUUGUUUUGGUCGUUUUCAAACGUUAAUUGACAGCAAGAUUGAUGGUCGCAUGAAACGUAGGGCUUCUGGAUCACAAAGAUCUGGGGAUUUCUUGGAUGCUCUUCUUGAUCACAGUGAAGAACAUGGCCCGGAUGAACUGGAUUGCCGUGAUGUUAGACUCCUGCUCAUGGAUAUGUUUGUAGGAGGUACAGAACUACAGAUACUACCACCGCCACAGUGGAAUGGGCAUUGA